AUGAGUCGCUCGUAUCAGCCCAUGCCUGAAGUACCCUACCAAAGCCACAUGCCAGUGUACUACCCUCAGACAUACCAGCAGGCUCCCCCACGUAUGCCGGCGAUGGAAUACCACUACAACCCAGAACUCUCAUAUCCACAGGUAGCACCUGCGCCGGUAAAUUGGCAGGUUUUUCCAAGACAACCAUCGCAGCGGAAUGACGAACUGGUUUCGCCCUUGGCUAACACCAUGAAGUUCCAACACCCAGUCCAGGGCCAGACCAUGCCCAUGCAGCAGGCCCGCAUUCAGUACUCGGCAGUGCCUUACAUGAUGCAGCCCUCUUCAACCGGGAUACAAGUGCCCAGAUCUGCAGACGCCCCUAACCGUGGUGAGUUGAGGGCCGACCAGGGACCGCCACGCGCAGGCAUGGUGGUCAAUAUGAUGAAACCACUCAACGCUGCAGCUCUGGAUGCAAGCUCGUCUGAAAGCUCUGGCACAUCCAAAUCUUUGCCUGUAUCACUGUCCUCUAGUAUCAGCCCUAAUUCUGCUGCUCACAAAAAUGGCAAAGGCGCACACUCACACACGUCCGAUCCGUCUGCCAACGUGUGUGAGGUGUGUGGCAAGGUGUUCCAGAAACCCUACAAUUUGAAAUCUCAUAUGAAGACACAUUCCACCGAACGCCCAUUCAAGUGCCUGUUCUGCCCCAAAACGUUUGCCCGCUCGCAUGAUCGCAAGCGCCAUGAAAACUUGCACGGCGGGCAAAAGAAUUUCAAGUGUGAGGGCUACUUGCGCAACGGAGUAACCCGAUGGGGUUGCGGCAAGAAGUUCGCUCGUUCUGACGCUCUCUCGCGUCAUUUCCGCACAGAGACCGGGUAUCUCUGCAUUAAGCAGUUCAUGGAUGAAGAAAAGGAACGCGAGGCAUGUGAGGAGCAUCGUCAAGCAUUGCAGUACCCGCACAUGCAUCCGGCCCCUCCUUUCUACCACCAACAGCAGCCGCAGGCGCUCACCAACCAGACGUACUCGGUUGCACCCGGCAUGCGCCCAUACGACCAAAUGUCGCACAUGCAACCGCAGAUUCUGCUUCCCCCUUUGCUUCGGCACUAG